UAGGGAUAAAUAAUACUGGUAUCUACCUAAAAGAUUAUCAUGGCAAUCAAAUGAGAAACGCAUGUAAAUUUAAACUCAGUGCCUGGAACACCAGUAAGCGCUCAAUACCUGUUAGAUGCUAUUAUUAUAACAUUAUUAUUAUUUUCAAUGAAACUAGAGAAUGGCCUCAGAUUGAUACCAUGGACUGAGAGGGAUUACCUGCCAAACACCACAGGGAAAUUGGCAAUGAAUUGCUGGAGGCCAAGGUCUGCCCUGCACUUCCCCUUGUCUCCAGCAGGUGGCAGACUCAUCAAGAUAGUGACAGGGCCCUCAAAUGUAGAGGAUAAGAUUAGUAAAUUUAGCUACAUUGUUUAAAAAAUAAACAAAAUAAGGAACGAAGGGCUGUUUUAAGCUGCUAAAUUUGUGGCAACUCGUCAGACGGCAAUAGAAAACGAAUGCCCCUCAGAUAACCAACCACAUGGCUUCUCUCCUCAUCUUCACAAAGACGCCUGCGCUGACCCUAACCCUGUUUCUCCACAGCACUCGCUAAUCUACUGCAAUAUACUUGCCAGUACUGCAAUCUCUUUACUGUUUAUAUUUGUGUCCUUACCUACUAGAAUUCGUUUAUUGUUCAGCACCUCUCCUCCUGCAAUCACAUUAACAUAAGCCCCAAGGAGGGAGGGCAGGGAUUUUUGUCUGUUUCAUUCACUGGUGUCUCCAAGCAUCUGUAACAGGACCUAGCGCAUCUUUGCAUCUUCGGAUGAGGAGCUGUUCAACCUAUGAAGGAACGUGGGCCAGAUGGGGCACCCGGUGCUGUGGUAGCAAGAUCUAAUGGCUGCCGAAUAACUGCCAUAAUUCCUCAGUGAUACUGCGUGUAAGCGAUGUUCACAGACAUCUGCAACGCUGCCGCAUGAUAGGAGGUUAUCUGUUACUUCCAUUUGUGACAGAGGCGCAGGUAUUGGCAAUCCCACUGCGCUUUGUUGCCUGCCUCCUGCUUGAAGGAAAGGUUGACGAUUCAGUUACAGGUUAAAGAAAGUUGGGAUCUUGUCCCAUCCGAGUCCCAGGUGCUGGGAAGUGAGUGUUGCUGUGAGCUGGAGGUUGGAGAGGUUUUCUGGAAACUUGGGCUCAGGAAGAGGAAACCUUCCUGACAGAGGGGACAAGGGUGGAUAUGUGUGGUGGCCCAGGAGGGUGGGCAGAAAGUCUAGUCUUCCUGCCUGGAGUGUCCACUUUUCCCAGCCUCCCUCAAGUCUUAGUUGGGCUGCACCCACCCCCUCCCAAAUUCUCCCUGUCCUACUCUGUGGCCCAGGCCCCGCAGCCUGUUCCAUUCCGCAUGGCACUCAACCAUGUGCCCAGAUCAUUAGCCCACGGGGUGGCCUUGACCCCAGGCCAAGCCCUGCAAAUGAGGGGGCAUGCCUUGUGCGCACAUGGCCUGACCCACAGCGACCCACUGUGACCAGUCAUGCGACAAACCUCUUAGACAGAGCUCGGCCAGCGUGGUGCCCAGGCAUAAAAAGGCCAGAAGGUAGAGACGGCCACGUAGAGACGGCCACGAUAGAGACGGCCACCAGCCACCGAGCUCAGACCCAGCGCGCCCGCACCAUGGCCGGCCCCAGCCUCGCCUGCUGCCUUCUCGGCCUCCUGGCGCUGACCUCCGCCUGCUACAUCCAGAACUGCCCCCUGGGAGGCAAGAGGGCGGCGCUGGACCUCGAAGUGCGCAAGUGCCUCCCCUGCGGCCCCGGGGGCAAAGGGCGCUGCUUCGGGCCCAGCAUCUGCUGCGCGGACGAGCUGGGCUGCUUCGUGGGCACGGCCGAGGCGCUGCGCUGCCAGGAGGAGAACUACCUGCCGUCGCCCUGCCAGUCCGGCCUGAAGCCCUGCGGGAGCGGGGGCCGCUGCGCCGCCGCCGGCUUCUGCUGCAGCCCGGACGGCUGUAAGUAUGACCUCGACUGCAACCCAGACGCUGCCUUCUCCCAGCCUUGAACCCGGAUGGCUCCGGACACCCUCCGAUUGUAUCCCUGGCUCCCCCAUUGCCACCCCAGAAAUAAUGAAAAUAAAGCAGAUUUAUUCCCUCUA